AUGUCGGAAGCUCACCCAUCUGGUGACGAUGAAGUCGAAGAUUUCAAGGAACAAGAUCGGUUUCUUCCGAUAGCAAACGUCGCGCGAAUAAUGAAACGCGCUCUGCCUGAAAAUGCCAAAAUUGCAAAAGAAGCUAAAGAAUCAAGUGAUCGCUGUCAACAGGAAAAGAGGAAGACGAUUAAUGGCGAAGACAUCUUAUGGGCCAUGCAGUCUCUGGGUUUUGAAAAUUAUGCGGAAGCACUGAAAAUAUAUUUGGCGAAAUACCGAGAGACUACCAAAACUGAGCGUUCUUCCGCGAACGCGAAAGAUAAAGACGAAGAAUCUGCGAAUGUAAAUGAUAUGUAUCCGCAACAGCAGCAACAAUCACAUCCUACGGGUGGUUUCUAUCCCG